CCCAGCCUCCUCCCCGGGCCUGGGGCUGGGGCUCCGAGGCCGCCCAUGGGCUCGGAGGACACCGUCCCAGCCCGGGCACAGCCAUCCUUCGCUAAUCCCCAGCCCUGGAAUGUCUGCGGGCCAAUCAGCGGGUUCUCUGGGGGCUCCCCGUGGGUGCUAAUAACCUGCAAUGAUUAGCCGGGGCUCCGUGGGCCGUCGGCGGGGCGGGGCGGCACCGAGGCUGGAGGGAGGCGGGGAGGCCAUCCCGCUGGGCUGCGGGUCUCUUUUCGUGCCAGCGCCGACGGGAGGCUGUUUGGAUAACUCGCCAGCCUCCCCCUUUUGUCUGUCCGUCCAGUCUGACUCCUGGAGAUUGUAAAUAGGUCUAUCCAACCUGGGGAGCGGGCUGGACGGCUGAGCCAGGCCGUGCCCGGGCGCCCUGGAGGCUCAUGCUGCGCCCGGGGCCCUCCUCCGUGCUGGGGGCCUGGGGCCUGCUCCUGCUCCUGCUCCUGCUCCUACUCCUGGCUCUCCUUGGGGUCUCCGGGGCAGAGGGACGGUCGCUCCAGCUGCCGGCCAGGCAGGCUCCCAUGCCCGGAGCCCUGAGCAGGAAGGAGAGUUUCGGUCUCCUCUCCCUGCACAACCGCCUGCGUAGCCGCGUCCAGCCCCCUGCGGCCAACAUGCGGAGGCUGGACUGGAGUGACAGCCUCGCCCACCUGGCUCAAGACAGAGCAGCCCUCUGUGGGGCCCUGGCUCCCACCCCACGGCACGCCCCACAAGUGGGCUGGAACGUGCAGCUCCUGCCCGUGGGCUUGGCAUCCUUUGUCCAAGUGGUCAGCAUGUGGUUCUCCGAGGGACAGCGGUACAACUACGCGGCAGCCGAGUGUGCCCACAAUUCCACCUGCACUCGCUACACCCAGCUUGUAUGGGCCACCUCAAGCCAGCUGGGCUGUGGACGGCAUCCCUGCUCCGUGGGCUGGGCCGAGCUGGAGGCCUUUGUCUGUGCCUACUCCCCCGGGGGCAACUGGGAGGUAAACGGGAAGAUAAUCCACCCCUACAGGAAGGGCGCCUGGUGUUCACUCUGCACGGCCAGCGUCUCGGGCUGCUUCAAAGCCUGGGACCACGCGGGGGGGCUCUGCGAGGUCCCCAGGAACCCGUGCCGCAUGAGCUGCCGGAACCACGGACACCUCAACGUUAGCACCUGCCACUGCCACUGCCCCCCUGGCUACACGGGCAGAUACUGCCAAGUGCGGUGCAGCGUGCGGUGCGUGCACGGCCGGUUCCGGGAGGAGGAGUGCUCCUGCGUCUGCGACGUGGGCUACGGGGGAGCCCAGUGCGCCACCAAGGUGCACUUUCCCUUCCAUACCUGUGACCUGCGGAUCGAUGGGGACUGCUUCAUGGUGUCCUCGGAGGCAGACACCUACUACGGAGCCAAGAUGGAAUGCCAGAAAAAGGGUGGGGUGCUUGCCCAGAUCGAGAGCCAGAAAGUGCAAGACAUCCUUGCCUUCUACCUGGGCCAACUGGAAACCACCAACGAGGUGACCAACAGUGACUUUGACACCAGGAACUUCUGGAUUGGGCUCACCUACAAGACUGCCAAGGAUGCUUUCCGCUGGACCACUGGGGAGGACCAGUCCUUCACCAGCUUUGCCUUCGGACAGCCUGACAACCAGGGGUUCGGCAACUGCGUGGAGCUGCAGGCAUCAGCUGCCUUCAACUGGAACGACCAACGCUGUAAAACCCGAAACCGUUACAUCUGCCAGUUUGCUCAGGAGCACAUUUCCCGGUGGGACCUGGAGCCCUAACAGCCCCUGGGAACAUCGGUCCUGCCUGCCUGUCUGCACACCUGCCUAUCUGCAUACCUUGUAGCGGAACAAGGGCCAGGCUGGGGCUGACCUCAUGCCCAGCAUCCAAGGAGGUCUCAGACAUGCACAAGGCAGGGAGUCAGGCUGGGGUGGCAGUGAGGCCCAUAAAGGUGGGUGGGGGGGAGCAGGGGAACUGGCAUGGGGUAGGGGAGCCUGGGCCCCUCCACCUGCUUCUGACUGGGAAGAUGGGCCUCAGUUGCACCCUGAAGCCGAAACCAGGGCCAACAGUCAGAGGGACCUCACUCCUCCAUCCCAACUUCCCUCCUGCCCAGGAUCCACCCUACAGAGGAUUAAACUAAGUUAUGAAUCCGCCAGGCUUGCGAG